AUGAGUCUUAGUAUAUUUAGUGUUAAGACGAGUUAUUAUAAAAAUGGGCUUUGGUGGUUUACUAAGAUUCCAGCUCGUAUAAUAGGUGAAGAACGAUGGGAUGCCAUGAGAUUGGCAAGGAGAGUUUACGGAAAUAAAAUCUAUUAUGGAAGAUAAUAAAUUUUGUUUGAUAUCUUUUACGAUUGGCCAGCCAUGGCUAACCUAAUUGGUAUCUAUCCUAAAGUUGAUACUUCGCAUGGAUUCUUGCAUUGGGCCACUUACGAAGCAUACAGAGAUUGGCAAGAACACACUUUGAAUUCAGAUGGAUCUUUUGCUAUUUGGAUCUAUAUGCUAUGUGGUAUCUAUAUUGCUCACUGUUUCUACUCCUACAUGAUUCCAUAUUAUUGGACAAACAUGUUCCCAGCCAAGAACGAAGAGUUUGUGAGGUUGAGAAUGAAAGAUGCCAUGGCAACCACUGUUUUGGAGGAACUAUUCGCUAACAACUAUGCUGAAUUUGCCUGGGCUCCCCAUGAUUUCCACUAUAAUAGAUAAAGAUGCAUGGCUGGAUAUGGCCAUCCCGAUGAUCCAAGAACCAUGCACAUGGCUUCCUUCAAUAGAAAACACAAAUACAAGGAGCAUUAUUUGAAGAGAAUAGGAGAUUCAAGUCGUAUGACAACUGUCCUUUGA